UCCCCUCCUCGCCAUCCCCUGUCUGCCAUCUGCUGCCUACCAACCACCCCUGCCUGCCAUCCCCUGCCUACCCUGCCCACAGCACCCUGAGCCCAGCGUGGCAAUGGGGCGACCGGGGGGCUGAGGGCGGUGGGGAGCGCGGAGGCCCAGUGGCAGGAUGAGGUCGGGCUCAGAGGGCAGCGGGGAGGGCGAGGGGUUCUCCAGCCUGCGGGCCUUUGCCCACAGCUCCUCGCUGCACGGCAUCAGCCACGUCUUCGCCUACGGGGCCGUGUCGCUGCGCCGCGUGCUGUGGGGCGCUUUCUUCCUGGGCUCGCUGGGGCUCCUGCUGCUGGUGUGCGCCGAGCGCGUCGCCUACUUCCUCACCUACCCCCACGUCACCAAGCUGGACGAGGUGGCUGCCCACAACCUCACCUUCCCGGCCAUCACCAUCUGCAACCUCAACGAGUUCCGCUUCUCCAAGAUCACCCGCAACGACAUGUACCACGUGGGCGAGCUGCUGGCGCUGCUCAACGACCGCUACGAGAUCAGCAACCCGCAGCUGGCCGAGCCCCAUGUCCUGGCCGCCCUGCGUGACAAGGCCAACUUCAAGAACUUCAAGGCCAAGCCCUUCAGCAUGGCCGAGUUCUACAACCGCACGGGCCAUGACCUCUCUGACAUGCUGCUGCAGUGCUCCUUCCGCGGCGUCAACUGCACCGCACGCAACUUCACCGUGAUCUUCACGCGCCUCGGCAAGUGCUACACCUUCAACUCGGGGGGCCCGGGCCGGGAGGUGCUGACCACGCUGCAGGGCGGCGCGGGGAAUGGCCUGGAGCUGAUGCUCAACGUGCAGCAGGAGGAAUACCUGCCCGUCUGGGGGGACACGGAUGAGACCUCCUAUGAGGCAGGGGUGAAGGUGCAGAUCCACAGCCAGGAGGAGCCCCCCUUCAUUGACCAGCUGGGCUUCGGUGUGGCGCCCGGCUUCCAGACCUUCGUGUCCUGCCAGCAGCAGAGGCUGGUGUACCUACCCCCGCCGUGGGGGGACUGCAAGGCCACCCCCAUCGAGUCUGACUUCUUCACCAACUACAGCAUCACCGCCUGCCGCCUGGACUGCGAGACCCGUUACCUGGCCGAGAACUGCAACUGCCGCAUGGUGCACAUGCCGGGCAACGCCAACGUCUGCACCCCGGAGCAGUACAAGGAGUGUGCUGACCCUGCACUGGACUUCCUGGUGAAGAAGGACAGCGAUUACUGCGCCUGCCGCACGCCCUGCGCCAUGGUGCGCUACGGCAAAGAGCUCUCCAUGGUAAAGAUCCCCAGCAAGGCCUCUGCCAGGUACCUGGCCAAGAAGUUCAACAAGACAGAGCAGUACAUCGCGGACAACGUGCUGGUGCUGGACAUCUUCUUUGAGGCCCUGAACUAUGAGAUGAUUGAGCAGAAGAAGGCGUACGAGGUGGCUGGGCUGCUGGGCGAUAUCGGGGGGCAGAUGGGGCUCUUCAUCGGCGCCAGCCUCCUCACCAUCCUGGAGAUCUUUGACUACCUGUACGAGGUCUUCCGGGACAAACUCCUCAGCUUCUACAAGGAGAAGAAGAAGACCCCCAGGAGCGACAGCAGCACCCUGGAGCACCCAGCAGUCCCGGGCAGCCCCGCUGUCCCGCUCCCUCCGGGGCCCAGGGCACCUGUGCCCCCCUGCGCUGCCACGCGGACAGUCUCACCUUCGCCCCGAACAUGCUACCUCGUCACCCGGCUCUAGGCCCCUUCGAGGAGUUCGCCUGCUGAUGGCCCAGCCUUGCACCCCCGGCCGGAAUGGGGGACUGGGAGGAUCCCCACUGCCACUGGGGCACCCCACGGGGCUGCGGGGCUGGCUCUGGGCCCUAGGCUGCUCCCCCCUCUAAGGGCUGGCAGGGGGCUGGGGUGGCGGGGCCCCCCCGGUCCUACUCCCAUGAACCUGCAUGUGCUGCUUGCGCCCUUGCCCCCCUCCCUGCUGCGCUGUACAUGCCAAGUCCCCUUGCUGUGCCCCCAACCCCAUUAAAGACCUGACCCAAG